AUGGAUUCGGCUGCCUCGUUUGAAGCGCGUCUUGACUUGCCCCUCGGCUACUGCGAGCUAUCCUACAGUUUGGAUCCUCAGUCUGUUAUCGCGUCUGUCGGAAAUGAUGGGGCGAACGGAGCAAUCGCUGUUUUCAUCGGAUUGACCAGGAAAGAUAACCUGGAUGGCAAGAUAGUCGCGCGAUUAGAAUAUCAAGCCUACACCAAGCUGGCCAUCAAGACCAUGGCUAAUGUGAUACAAGAGGUCUAUAGCGCCACCUUUCCAUCAGACUCGUCCGCACCAAUCGCCAAAUUCGCUGUUCACCACCGACUUGGUGUAGUUCCAGUGGGAGAAGCGAGCAUCGUGAUCGCAGUCUCAGCCCCACACCGAAAAGAGGCAUUUGCAGCUUGCGAGAGUGUCCUGGAAGAAGUCAAAGCCAAGUGUCAGAUUUGGAAGCGCGAGUUCUAUGAGAAUGAAGCAGACGAUAGAGCAGAGUGGAAGGCUAACCGAUAA